AAAGAGUCGCACGUUCUACCUGGUUUUCUGGGAGUCUGUAGGGUGGCAAGACCAGCACACCAUUUCCUGAGCAUUCUGUCCAUUCAGCAGCCACAUUUACAAACACAUUUGCUAGCCCCAAGUUCACCCAAGUCAACGUGGCCAAAGGACAGCGAAUAUGGCCGAGAAAGCCCGCUCACCAGCCGAAGAAGAACAACCGAGCCCCACCACCCAUCCACGUCGAAGCAGCAGGCUGCGGCGAGACCGCAAUCCAAGCCAUACACCGAGAUCAAGCUCCACGAACCAGACUACAAACCUUUCUGGGGCCGAGUCUGCAAGCUUGGCAUCCACACAGGCCACCAGUGAGCAGUCGCACCGUCCUCAGCAGGGCUCCGUUUCUGGUCGGCGUCGUCGCGCGUGUGCCGAUUCCGUCGCACGGCCGGGCCAUGCGGUUCCGAUCCACCUUGCCAUGACACCGGCGGCGGACCCACGGGAGCGACGCAAGCCAGCGGUCUAUGUGCCGGCUGUGCCGGAGGAGCAGAUCCCUAGCCACAUUGACUUUGUCAACGACCCGGCGCACAAGUUCUGGACUUGGAGCCGGGAGAAGCAGGGUUGGUUCCACGAAGACCAGGAGGCUGGGAAAGUCAUCUGGGCGCCGACGGAGCUGGAUUAA